AUGGAGGCCCUCCUAGCACACUCCUUCGACUACCUCUCGUCCCACGACCAGGGCAAGAUCCGAAAGGGCCUUCGACAGGUCGAGGGUCUGCUGGCACAGAUAUGUCUGUCGCGGUCGAAGCUGACGGCCGCCGAGAAGAGGCGGUCAAUGAUACCUCUGGGCUCGACGCCGUCGCCGCCCAAGUCCACCAGCGAAUUGACGGACGAUCCCGCCUUCAGGGAGUUCUACAAGCUUCAGGAUGGCUUUCAGUGGAAUGUCGCACUACGGCUGAUAUCAUGCCUUGAGCACCUCCUCGGCCGCGGGAGCAAUGGCACCAACGACCUGCUCAUCGUCUCCGCGUUGGACCUCAUCCAGGGCAUCCUGCUCUUACACCCGCCGUCUCGCUCCCUGUUUGCGCGCGAGAUAUACAUGAACAUCCUCCUUGACCUUCUGGAGCCGGCAAACUGUCCAGCAAUCCAGUCGGCCACGCUGCUGACCCUCGUCACGGCCCUCCUCGACACGCCGGCCAACACACGCACCUUUGAAGAACUCGACGGCCUGUUGACGAUAACUUCCCUGUUCAAGCUGCGCUCGACCUCUCGUGAAGUGAAGCUCAAGCUCGUCGAGUUCCUGUACUUUUAUCUUAUGCCGGAAACUCCGCAGCUGCCAGCAGUGAACGCCAGUGCACCCGCCACCGCCACCGGCCUGCAGCGAACUCCAAGCAAACUGGGAGCCCCCUCGUCGCGGAGCGUUGACGUCUCUGCGCGCAGACGGUCUGCGUCGACUGUGGAUACAAAGUCGACCGAGGAGAAACAGGGUCUCCUGGGGAGGUAUCUGAGCAAUGUCGAAGAUCUGGUCGAGGAUCUAAAGGAGACUGCACCGUUCGGCAGUUCCGUCUUCUAG